ACGCCUGUCGCGCGAACACAAACAGGCUAGCUGUCCAUCACAUUGCAUCAGUGUGACAAGUCGAGUAUUUGUUAAGAUUUCUAAAUACCAAUUAGCUUAAUACAGCCUCUUUCUCCAAGUGGUGACGGGUGUUAAAGCCGGGAAGAGCACAAACCCGUCCUGCUAGCUAGAUUAGCCAGCUAGCUAAAUUAGCUAUUGCAAGCACUAGCCACUACAGACAGCGCGAUGUGUUGAAGCGUGACGGUGCGUGCGUGUGUGCGCGCGCGCUGAACAUUUUACUGCCUUUCUCUGGAUUACGUCAUGUAGCUAAAUGGAACCACUUGUAUGGAUGAGAUGAAUGAAAUACUCAGUGACCAUGGAGAGAGCGGCUUCAGAAACAGCCCGGAAAAGCGCCGCAAGCUUUUCCCUCAGCACGGCGGGACGCUCGCCAGUCACGGAGGACUCGGAUGCAUCAGGUGUGCAUGCAUGCGGGGUGUGUGGUGCUUGUUUUGAGACGAAGCGAGGGCUCUCCAGCCACGCCCGCUCACACCUCCGGCAGCUGGGAGUGGCCGUGUCCGAAAGCAGUGGUGCUCCCAUAGACCUCCUCUACCGUCUGAUCCAAAAGCGGGAUGGCAGGCUCCCUUUCUGCACUAUGGUUGCCAGAUCCCCCAAACCCAAAACCUACAGUCCCAAAAAGGACUCUGGCACAAAACUGAAGAUCAAAAUAUCAAAUCUUGUGAAAAAAAAAUACAGUAAGUCUCCAGUCCCUGUGGCUGUGAGACCAUUGUCAGCCUCGGGUAUCUCUUCAUCUUUGCUGGCAGAUGUUAAGCCUCUUAAAGUCCCUGCUAAGCUGCAGAAGGUUCCAGAGUCCUGCUCACCACUCUCUGUGUCUUCUGCCCCGCCAUCACUCAGUGGAAGUCCGACAGCAUCACUUUCUCUACCGUCAUCCAAACCCCUUUGGGCUCCACAGGAAACAGAUGCUCCUCUCAACCUGACAGCAAUGAUGGACGCCUCAUCGAGAGAUGAUGUUCACGUGUGUGAGUUGUGCGGAGCCUGGUAUGAGACGCGCAAGGGCCUGUCGAGCCAUGCUAGAGCACACCUGCGGCAGUUUGGUGUGGAGAUGGACUCUAAAGGUGCUCCUAUCGAAAUGCUCCACGAACUGCUUCAGAAAGGGGAUCUGCAGGGCAAGGCAAGCACUCCAGAGCUGCAUGAGGCGCAUGGCUGUGGGAGAUACUCCCCCAUAUCCACCCCCUCCACAGCCACGUCUAGCAAACUUGACGUGCUGCCUGCUGACCCAGAAACCCCCCCACCUUCUAAAAAAGUGAAGAUGUCAUCAUCAUCAUCAUCAUCAUCAUCGCCGCCAUUAGGGGGGCUGAAAGCACAGGGACGAGGUGACUCGUUGAAGGUUGUAAGCUGUGAGUUUUGUCAUGAGAAGUUUAAGAAGAGCCAGAGUCUUGCAAGCCAUGCCCGCUCCCACCUGCGCCAGCUUGGGGUCACUGAGUGGACUGCCCAAGGGUCUCCCAUGGCAGCCCUCCGAGAACUCAUGGCUCGCCGUGGCUCUAAUAGCUUACCCAAGCUAAAUAUCUCACAUACCAUGCCUCCGCCAUCCACGGUGCCACCCCCAACACCCACUACAGCUUUGCCCCCUUUGUCCCCUGCUCACCUGAAUCCAUCUUCGUUCCCAGUCUCCACCUCUCCCAGAGUGCCUAAAGCCAGGAAGGGUUCACGGACAGUGGUGCCUAAACCAAAGGAGGAGCCUGUGGAAGUGGUGCUGUCCACCACAGAGUGUCCCAGACCAAGGAGCACCCCGUCCCCAUUUCAGACAUGGCCAGGGCCCAACACCAGCCAGAUUACGACAGCGCCGAAGCCUGAGGUGGAAGCGACACAGAUGGUGCGCUGCGAUUACUGCAGCGAGACAUUCGAUAGCCGCAAAGCUCUAUCCUGUCACGCCCGUGCCCACUUACGCCAGCUGGGUGUUAAGUGGUCGCCCAAUGCCUCACCCAUUGACACCCUGUACGAGCUCAUGCUUAGGGAAGGCACAUAUCAGGGGUCAGAGGUCAAGCCUGAGGGCUCAGCAGGGAUGGGUGGCUCAUGGAGAAAACCAGGCUCUUCACCCCGCACAUUUACCCCGUCACCCAUUGAUUUCUCCGUCAGAGAAAAAACGGACUCCUCUGAUGGCAUGUCUGCAGUGUGUGAGGCUACAUGUGAGCUGUGCGGUUUCGAUUUUGAGAAUCGGAAGGCGCUGGCAAGCCAUGCACGUGCACAUCUCCGCCAGCAGGGGGUAGACUGGCGCACCAAUGGCUCACCCAUAGAGACCCUAUCCAUGUGGAUGCAGCAGGAGCCAGCAAAGGUGGCUGAGCUCCAUAAACGCUAUAUGCAGGGGGAUCUGCCCCAUGUCAAGAAGCGGGCUGCUUCUUCCCCAUACCCUGCCUCUGAUCCUGAGUCGAGUCGGCCCAGCGUGAGCCGCCUAUCCCCGAGCCUUUCGCUGAUCUCCAGAGCAGCAGGUCGAGAGGUCAAAGCAGGAGCAAGUCAGCCAUCUUUUUCCUCCUCCCACAGGAAAGCUUCAGGCCAGCGUCCUGCCUCACACGUUUCAAACGUUCCCACCCGCCUACCUAGAGGCUGUGAGAGACGUCCUUCUAAACACCUUUCUCACAUUGAGAGCAGAGUUGGGGAGGCUGGGCCUCUGAAGCCCCCACGUGCUGGGAAUGCCCCCUCUCUCAUGCCCCGCCCUCCUGAGAGCAGUCUGGUCAAACUUGUGGGGAAAGUGUACUCCCUUAAAUGCAGAUUCUGUGAAGAAGUGUUCAGAGGGCCACUGUCUGUGCAGGAAGAUUGGCUCAUACACCUUCGGCAACACAUUCUCAACCUCAAACAGGACUCUGCCCAUGUCCCCACCCCCACCUCCCAGAGCGCAUCUAUCCCUUCCCUCGUCCUCUCGGACACACCGCAGUUGAUUGGCCCACAGGCUGUAUAGGGCCAGGCAUACUCCAGCUGUUUAACACCUAAGUGCUUGAAUCGUUUUAGGCAAACUACCUUAUAUAAAGACGCUACUGGAGUACUGAACAGUUGAGUAACCCCACCCCCUUUUACUCAAAGCUCCUCCUCCUCACUCUUGCUUAGAUGUUUGGAAUGUAUUUUAUUGUUUGAAAA